CCAGGGUUACGUAGGCCAGACCUACCAGAUCACUUCUCGGGACAGAGUUUAACUGCCUUCGGACGUCUACAUCGCAAAAAGUCCUUUUAUUACCGGUCUCUUUCUCACGCUUCGCUCUCUCUUUUCUGUCUUCUACACUCCCCCUCAAAACAAAAGCCUCUCUCUCUCUCUCUCUCUCUCUCUCUCAAAUCUCCAAUUCACCAAUCUCAAUCGGUCUUUCAAUUCAAUUUCACAAUCGCAAUGUCACAUUUCUCCUCACUCGUCUCCAAUCAAAUCCGGUUCUUGUUGCAGAGCCUCAACGAUUCCAAUUCCGACUAUGUUUUUCAGGAACUCUCUCAGUUUGUUGAAUAUGGAUGCGAGGGUAGUAUAUUGCUGCUUCAAACCUGCUUGGAUCAUACAAAUUUUCGUGAGGGAGACAUGCACAACAUGCAGCUUAAGCCAGAUUUAUUAGCUGCAAUAUUUAGAUAUUUACUGCAAUGGCCAAAUUUUAGUACCGUGUUUUGUGAGGCAAUGAGGACCAUGGUGAUAAGUGAACAACUUCUCACGGAUUUUUGUGAUGCAUUACACUUGUCGGUGACUGAAAAAAUUGGAAUUGGCCUUGCUUUGGCUGACUCCGAGAAUGUUGACAUCAGGACAAGCGGCCAAAACUUCUGCAUGGGCCAGAUUGAGGAGUUGCGGAGAAAUUCUGCUGUUAUAGAUUCUUCCGAGCAAAUUCAAAAUAUUAUUAUGUUUUUGAUUCGCUCAGAGGGCCUUUCUAAGCAUGUUGACUCAUUUAUGCAACUACUGUCUUUGAUGGAGCCAAAGGAGAGGACUCCACUAAUAUUAGCUCCAUUGCUUUCUGAUGAUUUCUAUGAGGCCAGGAAUAUGGAGUUAUUCUAUGGUUGCAGAGAAAAUGAGUUUGAUGCCAUUUUAGCGGAGAUGGUGAGUGAAACCAGCAUGGCUGAUAUUAUGUCCGAACUGGGCUAUGGAUGCACUGUUGACGCUUCACAUUGCAAUGAGGUGUUAUCUCUCUUCUUGCCUCUCACUGAAGCCACAGUUUCUAGAAUUCUUGGCACAAUUACUCGCACCCAUACUGGUCUUGAGGACAACCAAAAUUGUUGUUUAACAUUCUACUCUGCCAUUGGUAGCAGUGCCACAUGUGAGGCAUCAUGCCUGAGCUCUUGCAAUGUUCAUGUCCUUGUGGAUUCGAUUAAGCAACUUGCUCCUGACAUCAACUGGAUAAAUGUUGUGGAGAAUCUGGACCAUGAGGGUUUUUACAUUCCCAGUGAGCAAGCAUUUUUUCUUUUCAUGUCCAUUUAUCUUCGUGCAUGUCAGGAUCCCUUUCCGCUGCAUGCCAUAUGCAGGUCUGUCUGGAAGAAUGUUGAUGGUCAAUUAUCUUUUCUCAGAUAUGCUGUAUCAGCAUCACCAGAAAUAUUUACAUUUUCUUGUUCUGCUAGGAAACUGGCAUGUGCUAAUGGAUGGAAAGUUAAUGAGGUUCCACAUGGACUUGCAAACCAUGCAUGGUUAUCUCUUGACCUUCUGGAGGUGCUGUGUCAGCUAGCUGAAAGGGGCCAGGCUAAAUAUGUUCGACAGAUUCUGGAGUUUCCUCUUAAACAAUGCCCUGAGCUUUUGUUGCUUGGGAUUGCCCAGAUUAAUACUCCCUAUAAUCUGCUCCAAUGGGAAGUGUUUUCCACAGUUUUUCCCAUCAUAGUUGGUGAUGCUGCUGGAAGUGGUAUCAUGCUUCAGCUUUGGCAAUCUAAUACCAAGCUCGUGUUGCGAGGAUUCAUUGAUACGAUGAAAACAGAUCAAGGCAACAUUGUUACAGUUUUGGAAAUCUGCCAGGAGCUGAAGAUUCUGUUGUCUCUGUUGGAGCAGAUUCCAUUUUAUUUUAGCAUUCAACUGGCUGCUCUUGCUACACAGAAGGAAUACAUAGAUCUUGAGAAAUGGUUGAAUGAUAAUAUAAGAACUCACAAAGAUGUAUUCUUCGAGGCAUGCCUGAAUUUUGUAAAGGAGAUACUUUUCCCUCCAGAAGAUAUCUCUGCCAAUUCCUUCCAACAUUCUGGUGCUCUUGCAAAUUUAAAUGUCAGAAUAAGUCCAAGGUUUUUAAAGGCCCUUGAAGAUAAUAAUGUACAGAUUACCUCUGAGAAGCUCUCUGAGGAACUGAAAUGGUUGUGCAAAGCAUCCAAAUAUGUUGGUCUAAGACUUCAGAAUGUUGAGAAUUCAGAAACAUUGACACCCAAUGGAUAUUCAAAUGACACAGAGGCAGACGCAAACACUUACUUGGAUCAAUUAUUUGAUGGUCGGCUGUCUAUUGAUGAUAUGGUUCAAAUACUUGCUCGUUUCAAGGAGUCAUCUGAGAGAAGGGAGCAAUUGAUUUUUGAGUGCAUGGUAAAAAAUCUAUUGGAGGAGUACCAGUUCUUCCCUCAGUAUCCAGAAAUGCAGCUUAAAAUUGCAGCCAUUCUAGUUGGUUCCCUAAUAAAGCAUCAGCUUCUGAGUAAUCUUACACUUAGUAUAGCUGUACAUACUGUGUUGGAAGCAUUGCGUAAACCUCCAGACACGAAAGUAUUUGCUUAUGGAAUCCUGGCUUUGGAGCAGUUUCUUGACUACCUGGUGGAUCUUCCACUGCUUUGCAAUCAUAUUUUGCAAAUAUCUCAUUUACAUGGUACUCAUGUAGAGCUUAUUGCAUUUAUAGAGCAUACUCUGGCUAGAAUAUCAUCAAGCCACUUGAUAUCAAAUGGAGGCAGCAGUUCUUUUACUGAUCCCCACAGUGGUUCUAUUCCCACUACAGUGGAGAUGGUGGAGUUAGUGGGACCUAGGUCCUCACAGCAUGGGAAGCAACUCUCUUCUUCCCUCCCGGUGCAACAAAUACACCAAGGUUUACUCGGUGACAGGCAUAAAGAACAUUCCACUUCAGGCAUCUUCUCAAAACCAAUUUUACCUCCUGGGAAUUCUUCAAAUGUUUCCUUGGGUGAUAUUCCUAAUCCUCAGAAGAAUGCAACUGGCGUUCGGGCAGCUGUAUUAUCUUCUUCUUCUGGGUUUCUACAUUCUUCCAGGGCAAUUACUUCGAGCAUGCAACAUUCAUCUACUACAGGGUUUGGUUCUGCUUUGAACAUUGAAACACUUGUUGCAGCAGCUGAGAGAAGGGAUACUUCCAUAGAGGUUCCGGCAUCAGAUAUUCAGGAUAAGAUACUAUUUCUGAUUAAUAAUAUUUCAUCCUCAAAUAUGGAAGCGAAAGCAAAGGAAUUUACCGAGAUUCUAAGUGAACAAUAUUAUCCUUGGUUUGCACAAUACAUGGUCAUGAAAAGAGCAAGCAUCGAACCCAAUUUCCAUGACUUGUACAUGAAGUUUUUAGACAAUGUUAAUUCGAGAGCAUUGAAUAAGGAGAUUGUCAAAGCUGCUUAUGAGAAUUGCAAGGUUCUUUUAAGAUCAAAAUUAAUAAAAUCAAGUUCAGAAGAGUUUGCAUUUCUUUCCUUGCUGAAAAAUUUGGGUAGCUGGCUGGGGAAGUUUACCAUAGGCAGAAAUCAAGUACUCAGGGCCCGAGAAAUAGAUCCCAAAUCUUUGAUAAUAGAGGCGUUUGAGAAGGGGCUGAUGAUUGCAGUGAUUCCAUUUACCUCAAAGAUUUUGGAACCAUGCCAAAGUAGUCUUGCAUAUCAGCCUCCCAAUCCUUGGACCAUGGCAAUUCUUGGCUUACUUGUUGAGAUUUAUGCGUUACCAAAUCUGAAAAUGAAUCUCAAGUUUGACAUUGAGGUUCUCUUCAAAAACCUUGGUGUGGAUAUGAAAGAAGUAAAACCAACAUCUCUGCUCAAAGAUCGAGUUCGAGAAGUGGAAGGCAACCCUGAUUUUUCUAAUAAAGAUAUUGGGGCAUCCCAGCCACAAUUGGUUACUGAAAUCAACACUGGAAUUAUGUGUACAUUAAAUCAGGUUGAAUUACAGCCUGAAAUAUCCAAUUCAUCUCAAUCUGGUGGUCAGUUAAAUCUAUUGUCUCAGUAUACCGGGAAUCUUCAUUUUGUGUCUGGUCCAUUAAUGGAGGAUGAAAAGAUGGCAACCUUAAGCCUCUCUGACCAGCUUCCUUCUGGACAAAGGCUUUCUCUAGUACCUCCAUCACAAUCACCAUAUUCUGUUGGUCAGCUGUCUUCACCUAUCUGUGAUAUCGGAAGCCAUAUUAUUUUCAACCAAAAACUCAGUGCUAUGGGCUUGCAAUAUUUUCAGAGAAUUGUUCCCCUUGCCAUGGAGAGGGCUAUAAAGGAGGUAAUGGCUCCGGUUGUUCAACGCAGUGUAACCAUAGCUAUUCAGACAACAAAGGAACUUGUUUUGAAGGAUUAUGCCAUGGAGUCUGAUGAAACCUGUAUAUACAAUGCUGCCCACUUGAUGGUAGCGAGUCUAGCUGGAAGUUUGGCCCAUGUCACAUGCAAGGAACCUCUUCGUGUCUCCAUAUCAAGCCAACUGAGGAAUUCAUUGCAGGGAUUCAACAUCACCAAUGAAGCUCAAGAAGAAGCCGUUGCUAUUGUUUUAAAUGAUAACCUUGACCUUGGUUGUGCAGUGAUUGAGCAUGCUGCAACAGACAAUGCAUUGAAGACCAUCGAUAAUGAAAUCACUAUACAACUUUCACUUAGAAGGAAGCAUAGAGAAGGUGUUGGUCCGUCAUAUUAUAAUGCAAGUAUGUAUACACAAGGUCCUAUGGGUGUAAUACCAGAGGCCCUCCGCCCCAGACCUGGUCACCUCUCCCAUUCUCAGCAGCGAGUUUAUGAGGAUUUCAUUCGAUUUCCUUGGCAAAAUCAGUCCAGUCAGAGUUCAAAUAAAGUUCCUACUGAUGUGAUGGUUUCGUCUAGUGAUUAUGUUGGUACUGGUGUGUCUUGUGCUUGUGUUUCACCUACCAGACAGCUUAACCCAGCACUCUACUCUUCUGGGCUCAGGAGUGUGGGUCUGAGCUCUGUUGCUCAGCCCGUAUAUCUUAUUUCUGAGGAGUUGGACCCUGGUUCUACCCAGCUUAUUGGUGGUUCCUCCACUCUCAUGGGGGCAACUGAUGGUGUAGUUUCACAUGGUGCUAAAUCUAACAAUGUUGCUUCACUUUCUUCAGCAGCGACAGCCCCUGAACAGCAUUUUUUAGAGACCUCUAAUGCUGUGAAAGAAUUGGAAGGGGCUGUUCCACCAUUGACUGAAACUUCUACCACAGAGCACAUGGCUAGUGGCAUUUCAGAACAUUUAUUUACCACUGGAGAUGCACUAGAGAAGUAUCAAAUUGUUGCACAGAAGUUGGAAAUGUUGAUAACCGAAGACACUGAGGAGACAGAAAUUCAGGGACUUAUUGCCCAAAUUCCCGAAAUCAUGCUGAAAUGCAUAAGCAGAGAUGAAGCUGCAUUGGCUGUGGGCCAAAAGGUUUUUAGGAGUUUAUAUGAGAAAGCUUCAAGCAGUUCACAUGUUAGUGCUCAUAUUGCAAUCCUGGCUUCUAUUCGAGAUGUAUGCAAGCUAGUUGUUAAGGAGCUCACAAGUUGGGUGAUCUAUUCAAACGAGGAGAGGAAGUUCAACAGAGACAUAAUUGUUGGACUUAUUCGCAAGGACUUACUGAACCUCACAGAAUACAACAUGCACCUGGCAAAACUUAUUGAUGCUGGGAGGAAUAAAUCUGCUACAGAAUUUGCAAUUUCUCUUCUCCAGACUUUGUUGAUUCAGGAGUUGAGAGUUAGUGUAUCUGAACUUCCCAAUUUGAUUGAUGUGUUGGCAAAGGUUGCAACUCGACCUGGAGCUUCUGACUCUUUACAACAGUUGGUCGAGACUGCAAGGAAUCCUGCUGCUAAUGCAGCAGUUCUUUCUGGGUUUUCUCUUGGCAAGGAUGACAAGGCUAAACCAUCCAUAGAAAAGAAGGGUUCUGAUAAUGCUACUAUUCUAACAAGAGAAGAAUAUAUCAAUGCCGAUUCUAGGGCAGCAGAUGACCCUGCCAGCUUUCAUGAUCAGGUUUCCACGCUAUUUGCAGAAUGGUACAAAAUAUAUGAACUCCAUGGAACAAAUGAAGCAACUUGUACUCGCUUUCUCUCACAACUGCAGCAAAGUGGUUAUUUUAAUGGAGAUGACAUGUCUGAUCGUUUCUUCCAUCAUCUCAUGGAACUUUCGGUCGCAUGUUGUCUGUCAACUGUGGGGAUUAGCUCCAGGUCCUUGUCUUUCCAGUCUUCUCACACAUCACAGAACCUAUCAUUUCUUGCCAUUGAUGUGUAUGCAAAACUUGUUGUUUUGGUUUUGAAGUACUGUGUGGCAGAGCAUGGACCAAAUAAACUUCUUCUUUUGCCAAAGAUAUUAUCAGUGACUGUUAGAGUCAUUCAAAAAGAUGCUGAGGAAAAGAGAGCAUCUUUUAAUCCGAGGCCAUAUUUCAGGUUGUUCAUUAACUGGUUUUUCAAUCUUCUUGCUCCUGAUUCCAUAAUAGAAGGUUGUAGCUUUCAGGUGUUAACUGCUUUUGCAAAUGCUUUCCAUUUAUUGCAACCUCUUAAAGUUCCGGCUUUCAGCUUCGCAUGGCUUGACCUCAUGAGUCACAGGAGUUUUAUGCCAAAGUUGCUUAUCGUCAACCCUCCAAAAGGCUGGCCUCAUGUUCAACGCUUGCUGGUAGACCUGUACAAAUUCAUGGAGCCAUACCUGCGCAAUGCUGAACUGGGAGAAACAAUUCAUUUUCUGUACAAAGGCACUCUGAGGGUGUUGCUUGUGCUGCUUCAUGAUUUUCCAGAAUUCCUCUGCGAUUAUCAUUUCAGCUUCUGUGAUGUGAUCCCUUCCAGCUGCAUUCAGAUGCGAAAUGUCAUCCUUAGUGCUUUUCCACACAAUAUGAGGCUCCCUGAUCCUUCUACUCCCAACUUAAAGAUUGAUUUGCUUGCAGAAAUCAACCAGUCACCACGUAUUUUCUCAGAAGUUGAUGCUGCUCUGAAAGCCAAGCAGAUGAAGUCAGAUGUUGAUGAGUAUCUCAAGACAAGAUACCAGGGAACAUUCUUGUCGGAACUGGUACAGAGAUUGCUGCUGACGCAAAAUAAAGCAACACAAGCUGGGACCUGGUACAAUGUCCCCUUGAUAAACUCCCUUGUUCUUUAUGUUGGAAUGCAGACUAUCCAACAACUAGAAGCAAAAAAUCCACAUCCACUUGCACAGAUGACAAACAAUGAUUCCAUGGAACUUUUGAUUGCCAUGGACAUCUUCUGGAUCCUGAUUGCAGACUUUGACUCCGAAGGGCGUUAUCUCUUCCUCAAUGCAAUCGUGAAUCAGCUACGCUACCCAAACAACCAUACACAUUUCUUUUCCUAUGUUCUUCUCUACUUGUUUGUGAAUGCUAACCAGGAAAUUAUACAGGAGCAAAUAACAAGAGUUUUGUUGGAACGACUGAUUGUGAAUAAACCUCAUCCUUGGGGGCUUUUGAUUACCUUCAUUGAGCUCAUCAAGAAUCCAAAAUACAACUUCUGGAGUAGGUCUUUCACGAGGUGUGCACCAGAGAUUGAGAAACUUUUUGAAUCAGUUUCGAGAUCGUGUGGUGGGCCUAAACCUGUAGAUGAAUCAAUUGUAUCUGGUGGAAUUCUUGAUAGUAUGCACUGAUUCUGGAAGAUUGGAUCUCUACAUUUGAUGUGGGUGUAAUGUAAGUUUUAGUAAUUUUCUUGUCAUAACAAAUUACAGCUUUGUUAGAUGACUGACAGAGUAACACCAAUUCACACUGUUUGAAUAGAAUAUUUGAUUGUGGUUAUUAUGCAAAGCUGGCUGACUAUUCCAAAUCUUUUUACCUAAUAAAAAUAAUUAAAUACUUUCUAAAA